AUGGAAUCCACCACCCUGGACUACGACUACAGCGAGGAGCCGCUGACGCCGAUGCCUCCCUGCAGCAGAGACCUGGACAACCGGCUGGGGGCUCGUCUCUCCGUCCUCUACUACUUCAUGUUCUUCCUCAGCCUGCUGGGAAACGGCCUGGUGCUGCUCAUCAUCCACCGGUUCGAGAGGCUGACCACCGUCACCAACAUCCUGCUGCUGAACCUGGUGCUGUCCUCCCUGGUCUUCAUGAGCAGCCUGCCCUUCCUGGCCGUCUACAUGCAGCUCUCCAGCUGGGUCUUCGGCAGGGCCAUGUGCAAGCUGGUGGGCAGCGUCUACUACCUGGGCUUCUACAGCUCCGUCCUCUUCCUCACGCUGCUGACCUUCGACCGCCACCUGGCCGUGGUCUACUCCCUGGGGGCGCCUCGGGUGAGGAGCCGGCGCUACGCGGCGACGGCGUGCGGCGUGGUGUGGCUGGUCAGCGGCCUGGCGUGCGUCAGACCCAUGAUCCUCCACACCACCUUCCGCUACAUGGACAACAAAACCCUCUGCGACGAAUAUCCUGGAGUCAUUCCCGAAAUCGACCUCGUGCAGCUGCGCACGUCGGGGUUCUACCUGCAGCUCCUCCUGUUCCUGAUCUUCCCUCUGGUCGUCAUCGUCUACUGCUACGUCCGCAUCGCCGUCACCGUCUUCUCGUCCCAACUGGCCGCCAAGUUCCGGACGGUGCGGCUGAUCUUCGUCAUCGUGGUGCUGUUCUUCCUGUCCUGGACGCCCUUCAACGUCAUCAUGCUGCUGCAGGACGAGGCGGCGAGCUGCGAGGAGGAGCAGAGGCUGGGCUUCGCCCUGCAGAUCACCCGCAACAUGGCCUACCUCUACUUCUGCAUCAGCCCCAUCUUCUACACCUUCGUGGGGAAAAAGUUCCAGAACUACUUCAGGCUGCUGCUGGUUCAGCGCUACCCUGGACUGAAGAGGUACGUCUCCGUCAGCCAGUGCAGCAGAACCAACAUGUCGACCAAAAGCACGCCCAACGAGCUGUAGG